UCCAGCUCAGACCUGGCUGUACCGGUUUGGGAACGAGUUUUGGCCUCCAAGUCCUUCGGAUUUAGAAGGAGUUCGUUUGCUCCAAGCGGUCGCCCUUUUGAAUCUGAUUUCUGUUCUCUGUAUACCUUGAAGUUGGCAGGUUGAGUCAAAAUCGGUAGGUUUAUAGCCUAUUAUGAGAUGGGACGUACGGAUGGGACCAUUCGUUGUCAUUAGGAUCUUUAAAACGCAUUAUUAUCACAAACCAUAUUAUCUUGCUCGAGGCAUUUUGGCACGGUAAAAGUAUGGUGGAAAGUAUAUUUUUAUAUACGAGGACGUGACAGCAGGGGACCAUGAGAGGUGUCGCCGUGUCGGCAUGGAAUUGCUACGGAGGAUCUCAUCGUGUCUCGGCUUUGACUGUCUGAAGCGCGCGCCGCCGCCAUCCACGCCGACGCCGAGGCCCCCUGCCGAACCGGAGGAGCUGGACCCGCCCCACUGCCAUUGCUGCAUCGCGUUGGACGUGCGGCUGAAGCGCCUGGCCUGCGGUCACGUCUUCUGCGACGCCUGCACCGACCGCAUCGUGAACCAGGCCUUCCAGGACAUCGAGGGCCUGUGCGACUACCCCUGCCCCAUGUGCAAGUCCAUCCGCAGGCUGAGCUCCACCAGCGCCACCACCACCGCGGCCCACCCGGUCCUGGACCGCGCCCGCACCCUUUCAGGGACACCCCUGCAGAGGGAGGUCAUCAGAGAGGAGGAGGAGGAGGAAGUGGAGGAGAAGGAGGAGGAGGAAGAGAUGGAGAAGGAGGAGGAAGAGGAGGAGGAAAGGGAGGUGGAGGAAGAGGUGGGGAAGGAGGAGGAAGAAGAGAUGAAGGAGGAGGAAAAGGAGGUGGAGGAAGAGGUGGGGAAGGAGGAGGAAGAAGAGAUGGAGAAGGAGGAGGAAAAGGAGGUGGAGGAAGAGGUGGGGAAGGAGGAGGAAGAAGAGGUGGAGGAGGUGGAUGAACAGAUGGGGAAGGAAGAGAUGGAGAAGGAGGGGGAAGAGGAAGAAAAAGAGGAGGAGGACGAGAUGGAGAAGGAGGAGGAAAAGGAGGUGGAGAAGGUGGAGGAACAGAUGGGGAAGGAGGAGGUGGAGGAAAAAGUGGGGGAGGAAGAGGAGGAGACAAAGGAGGAGGAGGAAGAGGAGCAGGGCAUGCCAGGGGAAUGAGAGAGUAACUCCUUAAACCCUGGAGUACGGUUCAGAUAUGAGGACCAAGGUGUUAGGGCGGGGUCCUUCCAUUGAAGGCACGACGGUCUGGUCUUGCGUGGACAGGCCAGGACUUCAGUUGAUUCCCGGGGCUGCUGACAUCUCUGGCUCAUACCCAGCCUGAGUGUGUCAGAGGAUACUGAGAGGGGGAGGAGACAUUCUCGUUACCUGCGUGG